UGCAGUAGUCUACAUACAGUAGAUCUACAGUGCGUCUUUUAAAAUUUUAUGCCUCAAUGGGGAUCCGUGGAAUAACCACUUAUAUGAAACAGUGCUACUCGAAUAGGUGGAAAACCAUUGAAGUACGUGGACAGCUCAUAUUGGAUGCUAUGAGUAUCUGUUUUGCCAUUCCCCGAAAUAAUCACACAGACUGGUUACAUGGUGGGCAGUACUGGGAGCUGAGGCAGUCCUACAAGCGUUUCAUUACUAGCCUCUUGGAAAGUGGAAUCGAACCUAUUGUCAUAUUUGAUGGGAUAGAUUACACCAGGAAAAAGUCUGGAGUUAUGAUGAGACGCAAAAAGAGUGCAAGGCAAACUAUUUCAAAUGUUCUGGAUAAACCCAGCUCUGCAGUCACUGGCAAAGCAGGUCUACCACAUGGCUCUAAGUCUAAUGAUGUUAUUCCACUUUUUUCUGAAGCUGUAUUUUGUGAGACCUUGAGAGAGCUUGGUGUUUGUUUCAUUUUUGCUGAUGGAGAUGCAGACAAUGCAAUUGCAUCUAUUGCAAAUAAUUAUUCUUGUCCAGUUGUAUCGGAUGACUCUGAUUUCUUUUUCUUUAACAUCAGGGCUGGAUACAUACCUUUCUAUAAUCUCCAUUGGGAACAGCAACCAGUCACUGCACAAGUAUAUUAUUAUCAAUAUUUUGUGUAUAGUUUUAAUUUUAAAUGUCUUGAAGCACCACUCCUAAUACCAGCAAUACUUGGCAAUGAUUAUAUCAAGCCGUUAAAGUCACCUUGUCUAAGAGGAGAUAUUGCUGUGACUUUACUUAAGUACAGGGAGAGAAGAGGAGGGAGCAAGUCAUGGCUAGACAAAAUAGAUGAGUUAAUAAUGUAUUUAAGAAAAUUCAGUUCACUAGAUAAGUUUCUGAACCGCGUCAGUAGGUGCUGCUUACGUAAUGAGGUAUCCAUUAUUGAAAAAAAUUUAGAAAUUGCAAAGGAGUUUUAUACCAUCAAAGCAUUCAGUAUAGAUGGCAUUAUGGACAAGGCUAAAAUAACUACAUCAAAUGGGACUACUCUUCCUCUAUGGGUGAUUCAGCAGUAUCGCAAUGGACAAUUUUCAAGUUAUGCAAUGAAACCACUGGCUCAUAAUGACUCUGCUUUACCUUAUAUAAUAGAUAAUCCUAAAAGACGCUCUGCCAUGUUCAUUGGAUUACCAAUUAGAUGUUGUAUGUACACGAUACUACAACCAUUACUGGAAGAUCCGUGUGUACAUGAAACUGUUUGUGUUGACUCUAAGGAAAAAUAUAGGGACAUAGUUUGUGAUGCUGCAAAUGAAUGCUUAAAGUUCAAUUUACCUUCUGUCACUAAUAUGGAAAAGGCCAGUAUUAGCUGUAGGAUUGAUGCUCUUUGUUUCUCACUGGAGUGCUCCUCUGGUAUUCUCAACUGGUUUGAAGACAAAUUGAAACUAGUUGUGUUAUCACUAACUUUCUGGACUAAACAUGUUGUCCCUGAUAUUCAUUUGAUCAAAUCAUUAAUAUUGUGUUUUAUCGUUUGUUCACUGGACCGAGACCCUUCAUCACAUAUACCACAUUCCAUAGAUUCCGACUCAUCUCAAAAUAAUGACACUCUUCACGUAUUCUCAAUGUGGCAGUGUGUCUAUUAUGACACUAUGAAGCUCAACAAUGUUCUAAUGAAUCCACUUUCAUUUACAACACCAGCUCUCUUGUUUGAUGGUAAACUAGCUAUGUAUUAUGCUAGUCUGGCAGACAUUGAUAGCACAGUUAGAAUGGAACUGGUUUCUUCACUUCAAUCGCUAGCUUUGUUUAACUCACUGAUGUUUGUCUGUACUGAGAGUCUAAAAGCUGCCACUAAAGAUGGUAUACAGUACGAUCAGACUGUAUAUUUUGAAUUCAGUUCUGAUUCAAGUAGUGAUGAUAGCAAUGAAGAUGAUGACAGUGCUUAAUUUUGUAUUUUAUACAUUUAAUUUAUUUUUGAUAACUAUUAGCUAAAGAGAUUUUUUGCAAGCAUUACAAAAGAAUUUGCCCAUUCUUGACAUUAUCCCAACUGGUAUACUUGAUCGUAGUCCCAUUUUUAUUGAAUCAAAGGAAAAUGUUAAGGGUUAUUUAAAGAUUUGUGAAGAGCAUGAUAAAAAGAA